CUCCGCUCCGCUCCCUGGUGUGUUGAUUCUUCCCCCAGCUGCUGCCUAAUGGAGUCCAGGCGCUCGCGUCACAGGAAAUGCCUAUACUGCCCUCCUCACUCACUUCCGGUGGCAGUCUCUCAAGUCUCAGCUCAUUUCGGACAGACCUCCUCAGGGUAGCCUUUCCUGACGCAAGCCUCCUAGCCUCACUCUGCUGAGGUAAAGAACAAGGACCAUCCAGUUUGCUCCAAUGAGGUCUGCCUGCCGUGGCCUGCGCACACAAAGUGCUGUAAGGAUUCAGAGGACAGAGACAAGCUUUGUGGCAGUGGACAGAGUCAUGAGUGACCACAGGAGGCUUUCUGGACGCUGGACUUGAGGGAGAGCGUUCCUCGAGACGGAGCACUGGCCUCCUAGGGGCUCUUCUGUGUGUGGCGGGAUUGGGGUGCGGGCGGCCCGGCCGCCGGCCAUGGCCUUCACUUUUGCUGCUUUCUGCUACAUGCUCUCGCUGGUGCUGUGCGCUGCGCUCAUCUUCUUCGCCAUCUGGCACAGGGAACGGCUCAGGAACAUCGAGCGCAUCUGCUUCCUUCUGCGAAAGCUGGUGCUGCCGGAAUACUCCAUCCACAGCCUCUUCUGCAUCAUGUUCCUGUGCGCUCAGGAGUGGCUCACCCUGGGGCUGAACGUCCCUCUGCUUUUCUACCACAUCUGGAGGUACUUCCACUGCCCGGCAGACAGUUCUGAGCUGGCCUAUGACCCGCCAGUGGUCAUGAACGCAGACACCUUGAGUUACUGUCAGAAGGAGGCCUGGUGUAAGCUGGCUUUCUACCUCCUCUCCUUCUUCUACUACCUGUACUGCAUGAUCUACACGUUAGUGAGCUCUUAACUCACAGACCACGCAUGUCAUCAGAGACGGGAUGGGAGAGGCCUGAGGCUGAGAAGUCACUUCUGCUGGCGGUUGGAGAAGGGACCAGAGUGGGAUGUGUGAGAAAGAGGCCCAGCAGACACUGAGUUGGGAACUGGAACCAGACGGCGGCAGCCGGCUGGCAGGCCCCGUUAACUGUGUGCAUAUGUUGUUGCCCCGUGUAUCCCAGUCUUUGGCGUUCAUACCCCACACUCGGGUUGCAGAUCCCUUCUGAGCAGCGGGGGGCUCGUGGGCGUGGGCGGCGAAACACUAGACCACCUGGAGCGAGAAUUGGAGAAUUGCUGCCUUUUGAAUCCACUCCCUCAAACAACUCUCCACAAGUUCACACUGACUUCCCAGCCGGGGAGUGGAAGGUUGGAAGGUGCCUGCCGAGGAACAGAAAGACCCAGAGUCAAGGCUGAGCCGUGGGACCCAUUGAAACCCUCAAGGACGGACGUCGUGGGCUACCCAAGGCUCUUGUGUUUCUUCCAAGCCAUGGCCGUGCCCUUCACCUCAAUGGGAGCAUCCGGAAGGUGUGCCCUUGCUUUCAGCUGUAACCAGCCCUGAGCCCACAGGGGUGUCUGUUUUCGUGCCCUGCUUUGGGAGAGCCCAGCUUAGUGGCAUCAGGAGCUGGGCUUGGGGCCAGUAUGUUGGUAAUAAGUUAUGUCCAAAGUCACGGAUGUGGGGGUGGCCGAGGAGGGGGGAAUCAUGGGGAAAAAAAGAUUUUUUUUUAAACAUUUACUACAUGUCCAAGGCCGUUAGUUCUUCACCACAACAAACUGGAUUUUUCUGUUGCCACCCAGAGCCAUCACAGUCAUUGGAUGCAAAUCAAGUGGUCAGCACCAGUCAAAGCUACGAUCCCCUAAUAGUCCCACGCUCAGAAAACGCUAGCGGGGCUGCUCUGAACUGUGGGCACUCGGCAACAAAGGAAUGAGACGCCAUAAUUAUAGCUUCCUUUAAUGAUGCUGUAGCAUUCGUACUGUUUAGCUCAACACUGAGGAUGUUCGCUUACUUUGAGUUUUACACACGCCAUUCUCUCCUUUUUGUGUAGGAGCUGUGCUUAGGGUUGUAAAUAAUGACAAGGCUGAGAUUUUUAUAACGUUCCAAUUGGGCACAAUGAUUUUGACCUUAUUCCCCCAACUUCCCUUCUUGUCUUCUGUUUGACACACGCAGGCUAUUUAUACAUGUACCCAGCUCCCAUCUGAACCCUGUGACUCAGGCUUAUGAAUGGUGUUUGUGUAACACGGUGUGUGCUAUGUUUAAAACACAGUGACAACUUGAGUGUCUCACCUA